AAUCCAUCGAAUUUAACACAAGUCUCAACCGACAACGAUUAUGAAACCAACCAGUUUCUGGCAGAAUCUCAUUUGGCAUUUCAAAUCCCACUCUGGAAAAGAGUCGCCGGAAGGAAAGGACUUAGAGAAGAAUAUAGCAGCACAGGAACAGGAGCUAUUCUCUAUAGAGACCCUAAUUGCAGCAACCAGAGAUUUUCAUUCCCAUCAAAAGCUCGGGGAGGGUAAAUUCGGCCCUGUUUAUAAGGGGAAAUUGGAGGAUGGAAGAGAGAUAGCAGUAAAGAGGCUAUGGCACAGUUCAAAUCAAGGGAGGAAGGAGCUCACGAACGAGGCUAAGGUACUGGCAAAUGUGCAGCAUAGGAACGUCGUGAACUUGUUGGGCUACUGUGCCCACGAACUAGAGAAGCUUUUGGUCUACGAAUACGUCUCCAAUGAGAGUUUGGACAAACUUCUCUUCAAUGCAGGGAGGAAGGCGAAGUUGGAUUGGAAGAGAAGAUACGCCGUGAUUGUAGGGAUGGCACGUGGAUUGUUGUACCUCCAUGAAGACUCGCACAGCGUCAUAAUACACAGGGACAUCAAGACCAGUAAUAUUCUUCUGGACGACAAGUGGGUCCCAAAGAUCGCGGACUUCGGUAUGGCCCGCCUCUACGCUGAGGAUACGACUCACGUCAACACUCGCGUCGUAGGCACCAGGGGAUAUAUGGCACCGGAGUACUUGAUGCAUGGACAGUUGUCGGUAAAGGUGGAUGUCUACAGCUAUGGCAUCGUAGUUCUGGAACUGAUUAGUGGCCAGGAGAACUCCACCUUCAACUCUGACUCUGAUUGCCGGAACCUACUCGAUUGGGUAUGGGAGCAUUACAAGAAAGGUCGAAGCUUGGACAUCAUGGAUCCAAUGUUAGCAUCAACUGCGGUGCUCGAACAAGUCGCAAUGUGCAUACAAAUUGGAUUACUAUGCACACAAGAUGACCCAAAGCUACGACCAUCGAUGCGUCGAGUGUUGGUGAUGCUAUCAAAGAGACCCGGAACUAUUCUCGAUGAGCCGAGCAAAUCGGGUGAAUUUUUUCCAUGA